AUGAACCCUCAGACGGCCCUGAGGGGUGCCAUGCAACGAGGGGAGCCGAUCAUGUUCCGCAUCACCAUAGACAGGCUGAGGGAGGACAGGCGCCAGACCAACCACGCCAAGAGCCAGCUGGCCCUCGCCUUCUGCCAGGUGCUUGGUUGUACCCUGGUGCUGCAUGCGUGCAUAGCGCGCAACCACCUGCGCUCCGCCCGGGCCCUGGUCAGCGCGUGCCGCAUGGGCGCGGCGGCCCAGGCGACGCUGGAAGCGGCGCUGGUGGCGCGCCUGCUGGCCUGCGGCGCCUGGGGCCCGGCCCUGCAGCGCACGGGCGGCGACGCCGGGCUGCAGCGCCGCGUGCUGGACGCCAUGGUGCUGGCCGGCGAGGCCGAGCUGGCGCGGGAGACCGCGGCGGGGCUGGGCCUGGCGCUGGAGGACGACGCGGCGUUGCGCGCGGCGGCGGCCGAGCGCGCGGCGCGCCACCUCCCGCUGGACCUCCCCGCCACGGCGGUGCGCUUCGUGGACGACGCGGCAGGGCUGGACCGCGUGCGCGCCUGGCUGGAGGGCUUGGCGGUCCGCGGCGCGCGCGGCGAGCUGGUCGUCGUCGGCGUGGACGCUGAGUGGCAGCCCGCCGACGCCGACGUGGGGCUGGAGAACGGCGGCGGGGACGGAGGCGGCGAGCACCCCAUCAGCAUCUUGCAGCUGGCCGACGCCGAGCGGGUGUGGGUGCUGGACAUGCUGCGCCUGGGGGAGCGAGAGGCCGGCACAGCGCUGCGCGCGCUGUGCGACCCCGCGCUCGUCAAGGCCGGGUGCGGUCUGGCGGACGACGUCGCCAAGCUGGCAUGGGCCUGCCCCGCCCUGCGCAACAUGCGCAGCUGCCUGGACCUGGCGCGUUUGCGGACGUUCAUGGGACCGCUGGCCAACAAGAGAGGCAUGCUGGGCCUCUCCAGCGCGGCGGAGGCGAUGCUGGGCAAGCCGCUGGACAAGGGCCUGCGCAUGUCGGCCUGGCAGCGGCGACCCCUCACCCCCGCCCAGCUCAGGUACGCCGCCCUGGACGCGCUGGUGUCGGUACAGAUUGUGGACGCCAUCGUGCGACAAAACCCCAAGCUGGGGAGCAGGCGGGGCCUCCAUGCCUAUGUGUUUGAUGCCGCCCGCGUCUGA